GGCGUGAGAUCUCGCGAGAAGAGAGGCGUGAGAUCUCGCGAGAAGAGGGGCGUGAGAUCUCGCGAGAAGACAGCGGCGAGAUCUCGCGGCGCGCCGUGGUUGUUGCCAGGAGACGGCGCGGAGCAAUGGGAAACUACGGGGAGCUGAUUGGGGAGGUGGUCGCCCUGCUGGAUAAGAUCACAGCAGGGGAAGAGAACCUCAUGCAGAUCACAGACGACAUCAUUCAGUCGCGCCAGGGCUGGAGUGAAGAUAACUUGGUGUUCCUCCUGGGAGUGCUGGGAGGCUGCGUGGAACAGAGGCGACUGCUCGCGGUCGUGGUCAACGCCUUCUACGCUCGCCACGGCAAGCACGUUCUGCUCAAGCAGCGAAACGUCUUUACAGUCAUCGCCUACCUGGCUGUGUUUCGCCUGGAAGAGCUGGGGAUGACCAGUUUCACCAAGAUCAUCAACUCCCAAGACAUACCCAGCAUGCAUAAGUUCUUGACUUUCCUGUUUGACGAAGUCAACUUAAGCACCUGGAUAAAGGAUGAGUGGAGUCAGCUGUAUGACAUCACCUUCGUGCAAAAUAACCUGCUGGCGCCACUACUCAAAAACAGAGAGGAAGUGCUUUGGCUGACGGAGCAGUUGAGAAGCCAACUGGACGGCACGAGUCCCCCGCGGCCGAAGCCCAAGACCACGGAGCCGCAGGAGUUCUCGCUGACCAAGCCCAAGCCACGGACUCUGCCUCUGCCGGAUCGCGUCCCCUCCCUCGGCAAACCCAACCCCGUGCCCAAGAGCACGUACCAUCUCCCGAAAGAAAUGGCAAAGCUUCAGGACGUCAGGCAGAGGAACCGGCGAAGAGCUGAGAGAAAUCUGAUGGAAGCGAGCAAGAUGCUGUUCCAGUGCGCAAACGCCGAGAAGGCGGAUCAAACCAAGCGCGUCAUGGCGGAGCUCGCUGCAGAGAUGUCGAGGACGAGUGCAGAGAGGCCCCGGGCCAGGAGCGUGCCAAAGACCUCGAAGAACAACGUUCCUAUUAAGCUCAACACAACGGCCAUACUGCGAGAGGGAGCUUUCUACCAGGCCCGAGAGACACAGGAGCUCAAAAGGCUAGAGGAGCUGGUUAGGGGCGCGCGGGACGGGAGCGAAUUUGCUGAUUGGCAGGAGCGCAUGCGGCAGCGCGACGCGUCGGAGGCAGCGCUGGAGGAGGAGCGGCGUCGGCUGGAGGGGAAGCUGAGCCUGGAGGAGGCCGUGCUGGCACGGCAUGCCCUCGCCAGCCAGAACCAGCACAAAGCCGCCACCGUCAAGCAGCAGACAGCUGAGAUGAUGCAGCAGUACGCAGACCGGCGGCUUCAAGAGGAGAAGGAGAUGAAGAAACUGAUUAAGCAAAUCAUGGAGGGUCAUGAGAAUUCCAAAGCAGCUAAACUGAAACUUCAAGAAUACAAACAGAAAAUAGUGCAGGAGGUGAUGGAGGAGAGCCAGGAGAUGCUGAGGCAGGCACUGGAGCGUGCCCAGGAGGACAUGUGCCGUCGGCAAGAGCUCAUACAACAGAUCCGCGCCCUGGAGGCCGUGCCCGCCUUGCGCCAUCCGCACAUGGACCCCACACAGACGGCAGGGCAUGCGCUGCUGAGCGAGAUGUCGCUGGUGGAGCUGAGAGAGCGGCUGGCGCUACUUAAGGAGGCCCAGCACAAGGCCAAGGAGGAACGGCGUGACGACAUCCUCAGGGAGAAGCAGGCCAAGGAGCAGCUCCUGCUGCAGCACCUGGACAAGAUCUCCCUGCACCGCGCAUCCAACAGCAAGGCGGCCGCUCUCCGGCUGGAGGAGAAGCGAGCCAGGCAGCAAGCGCCCGCGGCCUCCCCUCCAGACGCCCUGGGCGACCCCAAGCUAAGCGACCUCCUUCAGCGUCUGGAGGACCGUCGCGCCGAGAGGAAGAGGUUGACGCAGAGUGGCCGGGAAGGGCCAGGAGUGCCCGCCGCGGUGCCGGCAAGCAAGAAGUCGCAGGAGCACUGGCAGGAGCUGGAGAGGAGCAGGGAGCGUCAGGCCCAGCUCCUGACGCAGGGGGCGGCCGACAAACAGGUGGACCACAAGCAAGGCGUGUACCAGGCAGCCCGGGUGGGCGCCAACGCUGCCUGCAUCACCCGCACUCAAGAGAAGAUCAGCACCGUGUGAGCGGCCACCAGUGUGCGGUGCGUUGCUAAAACACAAAUGGCGUUCUCAAGGGAAAACAAAUCUAUGAGUGUCCUCAAUCAGGGAAGCCUUGGUGAGUCUCAAGACAUUCUGGUGGGCCCUGCAUGAGCAUGUUUCGCCAGUUCCUUAAUGUUUUUCACGUGGAAAGCAAUGGGUUAUCUGCAAAAGGCCCACGUAGCCAAGAGGAUAACAUUAGGAGAAAACUGCACAGGUCAGCAAAUUAUUUGCUGUACCAUCAUCUACUUUCCACCUCAUAGGCAUGCACGUUGCAUGUGCGAUCCACCAACACCACACCAAUGAACUGCAGGUGUGUCGCUGCUUGAGUGUAGCUGCUUGAGAGUAGCUGCUCGAGAGUAGCUGCUCAAAGUGUUUGUGACAGUAGCUAUGGAACAAAGCGGUCUUUAAGACACGUGUCGAUAAGUUGCCAUACGUAGCAUGGAAUCCAAUUGUCAUGCGGGAUUUCAGUGUUCUUUUGCCUCAUUUCAGCUUCUGUUGUCUAAUAAAACAAAGCUGGUAUCCCAAAUACCUAUGCAAUAAUCAUAACAGCGACCACCGGACAUGCUUAUGAAUGUGUUCACAUUGCAACAGAACUACUAGUGUAACUCUAGUAUAAUAUGUUUCCUAAAACUCUAUAUGCGGUUUACAUGGUUGUCAUUACUGUGAAUGUGAUUAUUACCGUGUUGUUCAAUUAAAAAAAAACAUUUGUUAAUAAAUUCUUAUGGUUCCCUC